UUCGUGUGUGUUAUGGGGGUUGGUGGUUUCGCUCUGGCUUUACGUCGUUUGCGUAACUUAUUUUGGAAUAUAUCCUGUCAGAGGCGCACUGCCCUGCCGUGUGACGGACGACCGUUUACAUUGCCUUCCGCAGCUAGCUGGUAAUAACCGAACCAUUUGUGCCACAAGAUGUUUUUUGCCCAGCAACUUAUUGGAGGCAUUAUUGAUGUGGUCAGCAAUAUCGACCCUGGCAAGUUCAAGCCUUCAGAUCCUCCUCCACCCCGCAGACCGUUGGCUUACGCUGAGGCCAAUGAGUCUGAAGAAGAGAGGCAGUUCCGCAGAGUGUUCCAGCAGCUCGCUGGCGAGGACAUGGAAGUAAGCCCCAAUGAACUGAUGAAUAUCCUCAACAAAAUCAUUUCCAAACAUGGUGAUCUGAAGACGGAUGGCUUUACCAUUGAGUCGUGCAGAAGUAUGGUGGCUGUCAUGGAUAGUGACAGCACAGGGAAACUGGGCUUCCAUGAGUUUAAGCACCUCUGGAACAACAUCAAAAAAUGGCAGGGAGUUUAUAAGAGUUACGACAGGGAUCGCUCAGGAACUAUUGGAGCAGAUGAGCUUCCAGCUGCCUUCAGAGCUGCAGGUUUCCCUUUGAACGAUCAGCUCUUUCAGAUGAUUAUUCGCCGGUAUAGCGAUGAGACCGGAAACAUGGACUUUGACAAUUACAUUGGUUGCCUUGUGAGACUUGAUGCCAUGUGCCGUGCCUUCAAGACUCUUGACAAAGACAAUGAUGGCACAAUCAAGGUCAAUGUUCAGGAGUGGCUGCAGCUGACAAUGUACUCUUGAGCGAUGUGAAGCUCUGCAAUCAGCUCAGUGCUUAUAUGCAAUAAUGACUUAUAGCUUUACACUGUUCUCUCGCUCUCUUGUUUUUCAAUAUAGCACUGAUUCCAGAGAAACACCAGCAUGGAGCUGGUCAACCACUGGGGUUAUGUGGGUCAUUUCACUAUGCCAUUUUUUCCCUUUGUUUUAUUAUUACAAUUUUUUUUUUUUUAAAGUGCGUUGAAAGUGAGAAUAAAGAAAAUGACAAAAGUGUCACAAAUAUGCAAAACUGUAUUACAUAUUCAUGUCCGUUGGUGCCAUUUGUGCAUGAAGACAAUGAGGAAUAGAAGUGGUAAAAAGAAAAGCCACAAAAUCAUAAAAAUUUGGUGCCAAAUGCAAUUUUACUUUAAAUAAAACGUAUAAAGUGA